ACUCAGGCUGGGAAACCCCACCGCCGCUCUUUGCGACAGCGGUUCCGCUUUUCGGCAGACGGUUGGGAGGCGGAGGCGGAGGCGGGAGGAAGCGAAGGCAGCGAGCGGUGGCGGGCGGAUGAGGCAGUGCAGGAAGGAAGCAUGAAAGGAAGGACGGAUGAGAGGAUGCCGAGGAAGUAUCUAAGAUUAUAUAAUGGAUGGAAACAGAAAGGAGAAUUCCUUCUGUGGUAAGCCUGUUGGAUGGCUGAAUCAACCAGACAAUGAUGGCAGUGUUUCAAAACCUUGGCUUUGGAAAAUCUCCAAUUGCUUUUCAACAGUUGAACAGAUACUACCGACCAGUAGCAAAACGAAAAAUUGCAUGGAGAACAACAAACCCAAGUUAGAGUUGAAGGACUUUCCACCUCCCUCCCAACAUUCUAUUCCUAGGUUCUUUACAAGUGCUCCACCUUCUGACAUUCAGGCUUUUCAACAGCAGCAGUCGACUGGCACAAAAGUAAGCUGCUGUCCUCAUUGUGGCAAUGAGGCUUCUUGCUCUUCCCACACUCCCAAUGGUGGUGGUUGCAUUCACUCUGUAAAUGGUGGAGCUUUAGAACACACAAAUGCUGGAACAGUCACAUGUCAGAUAGGCUCGAGGCCUACUUUACAUUCAUCAAAAUCAUGCAAAGUGGCUGUAACUAAUGACCAUUUAGCUGGCCCCUAUUCAGAGAAUGCUGUCUCUGGUUGUCAGCUUCAGCCAUCUCUUUCCCAGCGCCUGUCUUGUUGUGGAAAUAUCUUCAAACAACUGCAACCUUUCCACAGCAAUGUCCACAAGCAGCAUCAAACUCCUAUGCCACAAAACUACAAUGCAUCCAAUUGUUUUUCCUGCAUGGAGCUCGCAGGUGGGGUUAGUGGGCACUUGGAAGAUCAUAUGAGUCAAGCUGAGCAACCUACACAUGUUUGCACUAACUCUUCACAGUUUCACACGGCACCUAUGUUUCUGAAGGGUUCACAUUGUCGUGAUGAUUGUUUGAACAAGCCACCCAGAUGUCCUGCUGUAGAUGUUAAAAAGAUUUGGCCAAAUAUUGCCCCUCCUGCUCAGUCUGUUCCAGUUCCCAUAUCAUUGUGCAAUCGUGUUCAAACCGAAGGUCAAACUGCAGAGACACCAACGUUAACAGGAAACUUGGGCCUCCAGCCACCAAAGUUUGGAUCACCUGAUGUUGGUACAGUUGGACAGCAGGAGAAUUUACCUCCUAUUGGGGUAUUUUGGGAUAUCGAAAAUUGUUCUGUCCCCACAGGACGAUCAGCUAUGACAAUAGUACAGCGAAUCCGGCAGCAAUUUUUUCAAGGCCACAGAGAGGCAGAAUUCAUGUGUGUAUGUGAUAUUAGCAAAGAGAACAAGGAAGUUAUCCAGGAACUUAACAACUGUCAGGUGACAGUUGCACAUAUCAAUGCAACAGCAAAGAAUGCUGCAGAUGACAAACUUAGACAAAGUUUGAGACGAUUUGCUGACACUCACACAGCUCCGUCCACUGUUAUUUUGGUGUCCUCUGAUGUUAAUUUUGCCUUAGAACUGAGUGAUCUUCGACAUCGACAUGGUUUUCAGAUUAUUUUGGUGCAUAAGAAUCAAGUUUCAGAUACACUUUUACAGCAUGCACAUAAGCAUUUCAAAUUUGAGGAAUUUGUUUCUAAUUUACCACCAAGAUUACCGGAAAAAACACCACAAUGUCAUACUCUUCUGUAUGCGUACAAUUUACCACUCAACAGAGACAGCAAACAAGUAAGCAACAGGCUGCGUCGCUUGUCUGACAAUUGUGGUGGAAAGGUUUUAAGUAUCACUGGCAGCAGUGCAAUCCUUCGUUUUACAAGCCAAGAAAGUGCUGAACGUGCACAGAAACGUAUGGAGAAUGAAGAUGUCUUUGGCAAUAAGAUCCUGGUAUCAUUUACCCCAAAAAAUAAAGAUCUUUGUGAGAGCAAAAAUAACUGCUUUACAGUUGAAAAAGCAAAAUCCCCUAAAAAGGCAAACAAGGUGACCAAACUUUCUCAGCGGAACAAAGGCCUUGAUGACCAGUUACAGAACAGUAAAAAUUCUACAGUGAAGAAUUUACCAACACCCCAAGGAUCAGAAAUUAAAGACAACAAUGUCAGAAGUUUACAGGAAAUUCUGUGUAACUGGCCACGGACUCUGUGGAUCCUUGUGGCUGAUGAGCCUGACCCUGGAGCCACGUCUCCGAUCGUGUUUUGGCAGGAGCUCUGUGGUAUGGAAUCGAAAGCAAAGCAAAGUGUACGUACCCAGAAGAUCAAAAAGCAAGGAACUGAAUCUUCUCCAGUUGGCAAUUGCACCUCCACUUACUCCCCAGUUACUGCUAAAAAUGUAGGAAACGGUGAUUCGUUCAGUGGGAACAUGAAGAGAGAAACUCCAUCCUCCAGAAGUUCCUUGGAAUCUCCCAUUGAUAAAAUUGAGAAGAAAGCUGACUUCCAUGUCAGCUCUCCUUCUGCUUUUUCUAAACUGUCAGUUUCAAGACAUAACACACCACCUAUUCCAGGUCACAGUACCUGGUCAACCAGGAGUCCAUCCCCAAGCCUUUCAAACAGGCCUUGUUCUGUAAGUGCAAAUCAAGCUCACUAUUCUGACCCUCACACUGGCCCAUUUGCAAAUGGUGCAGACGUACAAGUCAGCAACUUGGAUUACAGAAUGUCCAGAAAGGAACUACAACAAAUACUGCAUGAAAUUUUUUUAAGGCAUAGCAAGGUAAAGAAUGUUGAACUAAGCCCUCAUACUGAUUAUCAGCUUAAGGCAACAGUUCAGCUCGGAAGUCUCCAGGAAGCGAUCUUGGCUGUCAAUAACUUGCACAGAUAUAAAAUUGGAAGCAAAAGAAUCCAAGUAUCACUAGCUACUGGAAGUGCCAAUAAAUCUCUUGCAUUACUUGGCUCUGAAACCAUAUCCAUUCUGCAGGAUGCCCCUGCCUGUUGCUUGCCACUGUUCAAGUUCACAGAGAUUUAUGAAAAAAGAUUUGGACACAAAUUGUUUAUGUCGGAUUUAUACAAGUUAACAGACACAGUGGCUAUCCGUGACCAAGUGAAUGGAAGAAUGGUUUGUCUCCUGCCCAGCAGUCAAACUAGGCAGAGCCCGAUGGGCUCUGUAUUAUCAUAUGAUGGUUCAUCAUCCAACUGCAGCCCAGUUAUAUUUGAGGAACUGGAGUACCAUGAGCCAAUCUGCAAACAGCACUGCUCCAAUAAUGUCUAUAAUGAAAAUGAAUUUGACCCUGAUUCUUACAAAAUACCAUUUAUAAUAUUGUCCCUAAAAACAUUUGCGCCACAGGUACAUAGCCUGUUACAUACCCAUGAGGGCACUGUGCCCCUGCUUAGCUUUCUGGACUGUUAUGCUGCAGAAUUUACUGUUUUGAAGAUAGUGGAGGAGGGGCAAGGUGGUGUUCCUUUGGAGCACCUCAUAACCUGUGUCCCUGGUGUUAACAUUGUUACUGCACAGGAUGGCAUUAAAGUUGUGAAAUGGGUGCAGAACAAGCCCCCACCACCUAAUGCGGAUCCCUGGUUGCUACGAUGUAAAAGUCCUGUAGGAAAUCCUCAGCUUAUUCAGUUUAGUAGAGAAGUAAUUGAUCUUCUCAAGAACCAGGCUCACUGUCUCAUAUGUCAAAAUAAGUUUAUACCAACCUACCAUCACCAUUUUGGGAAGCAGUGCAGAGUUUCAGACUAUGGCUUUUCCAAACUAGUGGAGUUGCUGGAAGCAGUGCCUCAUGUCCUGCAGAUCCUUGGUUUGGGCACAAAACGCCUACUUACAUUAACGCAUCGAGCACAAGUAAAACGUUUUACCCAAGAUCUACUUAAACUUCUCAAAUCUCAAGCCAGUAAACAGGUUUUCAUAAGAGAAUUCGGACAAGCAUAUCAUUGGUGUUUUUCGAAGGACUGGAAUGUCACAGACUAUGGUGUAUGUGAACUGGCAGAUCUUCUUUCAGAAAUACCGGACACUACAAUUUGUGUUUCACAACAGGAUGAUGAUACUGUGAUUUCCAUCCCUAAGCGAGAACGCACUCCAGAAGAAAUAGAGAGGACAAGACAAUUUGCAAAAGAGGUUGUGGAUUUAUUGCGGCAUCAAUCUCAUUGCCGUAUGCCCUUCAAUAAAUUUAUACCUGCUUAUCACCAUCACUUUGGACGUCAAUGCAAGCUCACUUACUACGGAUUUAACAAACUCAUGGAACUGUUUGAAGCUAUACCUGAUGUGUUGCAGGUCCUGGAAUGUGGAGAGGAGAAGUUCCUUGUUUUAACUGAAAACGAGCAAAUUAAAGCACUGACAGCCCAGCUUGUUAAAUUGCUAAGAUCACAAAAGGACAAUUGUAUGACACUUUCUGAUUUCCUUCUGGAAUAUAACAAUACAUAUGGAUAUACUCUGCGCCUGCAAGAUUAUGAUGUCAAUACUGUUGCAGAGCUUAUGCAGAAACUCUGCCAUGUUGCAAAGAUUUGCAGCACACCAAAAGGUAAACAGCUCCAGUUGAUAAAUAGAAAGUCCCUUCGUACUGUAACUGCUCAACUUCUUGUGCUGCUGAUGUCGCUGGAUGAUGUCUUGUGCCUCACAGUUGAUGAUCUUAAAAGGCAUUUUGAUGCAACCUAUGGAAGCCCUCUUGUUCCCUCUGAAUAUGGUUUCAUGUCCUUAACAGAGUUGUUGAAGAGUUUGCCUUAUCUGGUUGAGGUAUUCACUGAUGAUACUGGAGAAGAAUAUGUGAAACUGACAAAAGUCUACCAGUUUGCUAAGAAUGUGCGAGCCUUGCUACACACCUAUCACUACCAGCAGAUUUUUCUGACUGAAUUUCCCUCCACUUAUCACAAGUACACGGGUGAAGUACUGCAGCCAAAAGUGUAUGGCUAUUCCAGCAUUGAGGAUCUUCUCAUUGCUAUACCACAGGUCAUCUGGAUAAAAGGACAUGGACACAAAAGAAUAGUCGUUUUAAAAAAUGAUAUGAAAGUACGUAACAGUUCUGCCUGUUGUUCUCCUGCUUGCAUGGUUGAAGAAUGUGGACAGACGCAAGGAGGCCUAAAACGACCAGUAACUUUGGCUGUGCAGAACUCCAGCAGCAAUGAAACAAAGGAGUUAGAAACUGACGGCUCCUGUUCAAGUCAGACUGAACAAGAGCUUCUUUGUCUUGGUAACCAGUCACCUGUUGACUUGCUGUGUGGACCCGUACCAUCAUGCUUGCCAUCCCCUCAGCUCAGACCAGACCCAGUUGUUCUUCAGAAUGCUGAUCUUAUCCAAUUUGAAGAGCAAUCACCGAAUGUUGCAGACAUGUUGAUCUUGACAGAGGAGGAGAAAACUGUCCUUCCUGCAGCUAUGACUGAAGAGCCUUUUACCAGUGGCAGUAUUACCAACCAGAUUAAAGACAAUCUUCCUACCACGUGUCAACCUGAGGAUGAACAAGAAAUCGAGUCACCACACCUGGAAGUUACUGCCAGCCCAAUCAGGAAGCCUAGAAGUAAAGUGAAGUUAGCAGCAAAUUUCUCACUGGCACCCCACGUUUAAUAUUUAAAAGAAUUUAAGAAUAAGCUUGUGUACUUCUGUAUUUUACUAUUUGAAGCACUAAAAUGGAUUCCAAAGUGCUAUAUCCAAAGAACUAAAUGCUUUUUUAUCUUAGCUUUCUUCUUUGCUCUAUUUAAAAUAUUUGAAAAAGCUACAGACAUAUAGCAAGAAAAUUGGGUCUUUGUCUGGAGCUAAUUUGGUGUAGUCCAUGAACUUCCUUGGCUGUGAUUGAGAUUCCAAGGUUUAUGUAAACUUGUUAUAAUUUAGAAGUUUGUUGUGUGUGACCAAGGUUUUUGUUUUUAAGAAAAUCAAAGAAAGUGGUGUUUUCUUGCGCUAAAAGCCUGUUCAUAUUAUCUCUCCAAUUUAAGGUUUCUCAGUAAAAAUGCAUGAUAUCUCAGAAUCUGAGUUGAGGUUUUGUUGACCCAAUACCUACAGAACAGCAUUAAGUUUUGUAUAAUCUAACUGUACAUGUGUACUUGAAAUGUUCAGCAUGUCACUUGAAUGGCUUGUAAUUAUAAUCUGCCUUCCAGUUCUGGUUAGCUGUCUGUAGAAAGAACAGAUUGCAUUCAGUGGUUGUGUUGUUUAUAAAUGUGCUGUAGUUGAAGAAUAGAACUAAGAGCCUCCUGAUAAUGCAAAUUCAAUUGGGGUUGUGUUAGCUUCCCAUAAGAUUCAGGUUAUGUUUUUACUGCUAAGUUGGUCUGAUCAGUUAUCUGCAAUCUCGACUUCAUGAGUAAUAUCAUAAAUUGAAUUCACCAUUGGCUUUAGCAAUCUGCUACACUUGGUGUGUCUCCAAGCUAAAGUGAGUAGCCCCAGUGCAGAAAUGGGAGUUCGUUGUGAAAUAUGCAUGUAUUGCAUAAAUCGUAGAUCAUGGGUCAGAUAAGGAAAACUAUUUAAAAGCUAUCAUUUCCACUUGACAGUUAAUGGAGCGGAUUUUCCCUGUGGAAGUGUGGAAACCUCAAGGUUUUGUUAUUAAACCUUGCCCUUUUAUAAACCAUAUUUCAUUGGGGAAACAGUGUAUAUAAACUAACAGUCACAGAGGGUUGUCUUUUAAUAUGGACUGCUUCUUAUUCCAUUGUAUGUUGAGUGGUUGCACUUGGGAAGUUUUAGGUAUCAGUUGGUGACUGGUGCCAGUGCGAUGACCUUCAGUAAGGUUGAUUUAAAAUGUGUGGCAGUCAGCCCAUUAGGGCUUUCUGGACAGGACCUGGCUUUUACAAUGGAUUGUAUUUGUCAGGGUACACACUUGCCAGAUUACAAUAACCUAUUUUUUUGAAAAAUAAGUUCUCCACUGGUGCCAGAGGUUUGAGUUUUAGUCAUAAAAGGUGUAAUUGCUGAAAUUUUCUUUCUCUACAGAGCACCUGUGACUGUGCAGGUUUAUAAUGUGAAUAAACAUUGAAAUAUUAGCUUUGGAAAUGCUGGAAAGUAGCAAAGCUGGGAAAAAUUGAACAAUUAUAUAAGAUCUGUUCCAUGCUAAAACUGGAACUUGUGCUGAAGAUUUAGAUGGUGUUUAAGAUUUGUACAUUAGUACAUGUGUAGAUUUUUUAAAAUCUUUACUAAAUGGCAACAAUUUAGAUGCUAAGCUAAUGUGCAGUAACUAUUGCCAGAUACCUUUUUUAGAUGCUUGAAACAUCAGCAAAGAGGAACAAAAGUAUUCUGAUUUAUUACAAGCCACUCAAGUUACAGUAGGUUUCUGAUUUUAUGUCUAAAACCCACAGUAUGUUAGUGAUUGGUCUGAAAUGGCAGUUUAUAUAUGCAGAUCUGCAUAAAUUUUUGUGUUGGUAAUCUCUAGGCUGACUUGAAUAACAGACUUUGUACAACCGAUGUAAACUGGUAGAGAUGCAUUUCUUUGAAGUCUUUGAACAUUAUUAUGUUGACCCAAAUAUUGGAUAUAUCUGAAAAUAUGACAAGGGCUCUUAUUCUGUUUCCUGUCUGAAUUUUCAACAAAAAAAGCUUAUCAAAUGCUGGCUGCUUUUGUUUGGGACCAAGAUUUAUUUUGCCAUGAAUAAAAUUUUACAGCAAGCA